CUAGGUAGAUGUGUUUUACGUUUGGCGCGCUUUCUGCGGCUGAGAAAUUAGGACUCGUCGUAAUGGUGGAAAUGGCAGAAUUUUGUUGACAUUCAGUAUUUUUUCUUGCACAUUUUAAAACUGGGACUGAGGAGCAAAACCUGGACUAGUGGUUAUGAGAUGAUUUUUUGGACUUGAAGUUUCUCAUCGAAAAUUGCUCCUCUUCUCCCAGACUGCCAUGCAGGCCAUCGCAGGCCCUUUGGCUUAUCUAAGCUGCACUGACUGCAAGUCGAGAUUCAGCUCGGCCUCUUCCCUGCUCAAGCACUUUGCUGAACACAUCCUCAAUAAUUGUGGCGAUGGCAGCACUGCGUCGUCCGAAUCUGACGACACUCGAAGUGAGAUCUUCAAUGCCAUGCUUGAGUCUGCCAGCCCAGGGAGAUCCAGCCCUUCCCUUGAGGAGCGGAGGGUGCGUCCAAAAUUGCCAGAGUUGCUGAAAAUCAAGCGGAAGCGCAACUCUGUCGAGCAACAGCCUGAGCCAAAAAGAGACGAUGAGUCCCAAAAAGAUGAGUUUAACCCCUUGACCUUCUGUGUGGUGACCAUGGAGGAGGGUAAUGAGAAGCUUGAGCUUCAGCAGCAACAACAGCAGCAGCAGACGACGACCACAAUUUCGGCCGUGUCAAAGCACGAGGAGGCGCUGCAGGCGUACAAAAAGUAUGUGUGCACUUACUGCAACAAGCGCUUCGGCUGGUCGACCGACCUCAAGAGACACAUCCUGACGCACACGGGCGAACGGCCGUUUCAGUGUCAGUUGUGUGGUGCCACCUUCACCAGGAACUUCUUGCUGCAGAAGCAUGUGAUCAAACUGCACUCGAAUAACCAGUGCGUGGUGCCGGUGGCGCCGACGGAGCCAAAGAAGCCGCCCACCUCUCCAGGGGUGUUGGCAGUCAGUCCAGAACCACCCUCGGGGGCUGCCACUGAAGUUCGAAAGGAGAUCAAAGUGGAACUCCUGGACACGGCCGUGCCGCCCACCUCCAAGAGGCGCUGCAUCGAGGUCUUUGCCGACAAGUAACCCUCACUUCACCCAUUUUGUCACCACAGUAUAAAAAAUUAAUGUCGAUUUUGCCUCGAAACAAUCUUCCUGACAAUACCCAAGAAGCUGUUAUUGAUUUAUGUAUUGCUCGACUUUUUGCACUGGCCCUACUUUGACGGUUAGUUCGUUAACGUCAAGUUCCUAAAUAGCAGGAUUGCAGAUCUUGGCCAGUUAACUUAAAGAAUUAAAGUAUUUUUUUUUUUUUGACAAUACCAAAAUCUGGCAUUCUAGUUAAUCUGUAUAAUUAUAGAAUUACUUAAAUUUCUUGUGACAGAUCUCGUAAACUUGGUUGGCCAGUGUAUCAAGUCUGUACACAAAUGUACAUUGUGGCUUAAUUUUGUAAGCCAUUCACUUACAUGAAGAUGCAUGUUUUCCAGAUAAUGACAAUAAUAUUGCUAAUUUAACAAAGAGAGAGUUGAUGUCGAUGAAGAGUUUCUCCAUUGAGAAUGAUGCCUUGGCCGAGUUGACCAGUUAAUUGUUGAUUUUGUUACAUAUAAAUUAGGCUCUAAGUUUUUGUUUGUAUAAUUCUUUUCAUUUAAAAGUUUGUUUCAUAGCAACAUUCUCAAUGCAGAUUUGUCUACGUGAGGAGACAGUAUUCACCAAAAAAAAUGCAGUUGUUAGAAUUUGAAGAAGAAGAAAUCAUGUAUCUUAACCAAAAUGAUAUAUUAAUUGAUGUAAAUGUGACAUAUUUUACCUCUACUUGUGAAUGAUGAACUACAACAAAAUUGAUGAAAUAUUAUGAAAAUAUUUACAUGAUAAAAACUCUUCCAUUUUUCUUGGUAUAACUCUUUAUACAUUGAAAAACGAAAACAAACACGUUAGUGCUUGACAAUAUGAAAAUCAGAAACAGUAAUUUGUUAGCGACUUAUUACGUUUGUUGUGUGGCACGCGUGGAGGAUGUUUUGAAAACCCACGUUGAUGCUGUGCUGAUGAGUUGGAUUGCGACAAUAAUUUAUUAAUGGGCAAAAAACGAUAAGUCAUUCUGAACUGAUGGCAAAGAAGUACAAUUAGUAUUGUUGAACUUGCCAAAGAGAGAUAUAACCAUGCUUGUGUUAUUGAUGUUUUGUUGUGGGUGAUUUUUAAUUUGUGGAUUUCUAAAUUUGGUUAUGCAACACCAUCAUGUGUGUACUUUUUGGACACUUGUGAUUGAGAAAUUUUUACUGAAACAAUUUUCUAAAACCAUAUACAAAAUUUUUCAGUUAGGCCAAACAGUUUUGCAGUAUUGCUAAUGCAUAUAUUAAUUGUUUAAGAACGCCUCCAUACAAUAAAACUUGAUAAAUUAUUAGUCUUGAGUUAAAAAGUCACUAAAAGGAUUUCAAUUUAGGACUUUUUGAGGUAACCACGUUUGUAUUAAACAAAAGUAACUGAUGUCGAGAAUGUAUUUGCAAAGACUGAUACGUCUUGCAGCAGUGUUCGUGUACGUAUCUAACUAAAGUAUUUUUUAUGUAAUGAUGUAAUGUACUUAAUUAGAAAUGUAACCAUAAAAUGUAAAUCACCGUAGGACGCAUUUAGAAGUAACAUAAUGUCUUAUAAGUAUUGUUCCUAUUUUUGGAGUAAGUUUCCCUUAAUUUUUUCUCCUGUGCAAUCACUGUAUGUAUAAAUUAUUUCACAUAGAAAUUUCAGUCACUUUUGUUGCACCCUAUUUUUUCACAAGUUAUGUGUAGCUAGUCAACCAAAAAUAUAUGCACUUAAUUUGCGCCAGGAGCAGUGUUGAGUUCCUUCAGUAUUUGUUCUUUGGAAACGUUUGUAUUUGGUUGUGCUACUUAUCUAGCAACUAAACACGUCUUAUUUCAGCAAGUUGAUUGUAAUACACUGAUACAUAGCAAAAAAUAAAUUAAGCCUGUGUCUUGUAA